CCGCCAAAGGAGAAAAAACGAGUCAAAAGGAAGAAAGGCGACAACGCAGGUUGUUGUUGUCAUUGGUUAGCUGCGGCAUUUGUUUUUUUAUUAUCUGAAUUCGCUCUCUGGCUACAUAGCAGUCGUUCCUCUGGCAAAAUGGACCCGAGCACAACCAUCCUACGGGUGAAGAGAAAAAGAGGCACUGAUCCGGCGGACGCGCUGCUGUUGGCCUGUAAGCGGAUCCGUCCGGAGGCCGCCGCGGCUCAGCCCAGCGACGAGAGCGAGCCAGAACCGCAGGAGCCCAAGAUAGAGAACUCUGUGUUUAAACUGGUGGCCACUGUGGCAUCGCAGGAUGCUCCAGUACAGACACAUGUUCGUGAGGCUCUGGCACGCCCACGUCUGGCCCAUCAUGCAUUGCGUCCGUCACAGGGAAGUGCUCAAAGGAUCAUCAGUGAUCUGCGCAGUGUCAAAUGGAGCACCAGGCGAGAGGAACGUUACCGGAUCCUCUCCAGCCAACGGGCAGGACUGCCGGCAGAACCUGCUCCUGUCAGAGGAGAAGAGAAGGAUGACAGCCAAACAGAGAACCAUGAUGGCUUGCCUUUUGGAGAUGUUCAAGUGUUUGAUAUUUUGCAUGAAGAUGAUGACGUGAAGAUGCCUGGCAAGAAUGUUGUGUCUGAUCCAGAGACAAUCCUGUGUAACUCCAUGAAGAUGAUUCGUGAGAAACUAAGUGUUUCGGGAGACCGGCUCGGUACCGAACAUCGAGAGAAAGAGGAUGAUUAUGUGUAUGACUUGUACUACCAGGAGACAGUCACACCAGGCUGGAUACAAGACAUUCUGUCUGUCAGACCCUACACACAAGAGGGGGAGCUGGUACCUGAUGUAGUGGCCUGGGAGGAAGAGGUGUAUGAGGAUGAAGAUGAUGAGAAUGCUGAAAGCAACUGGAGAAACGAUUACCCAGAUGAGAGCAGUGAGGGUGACAGUGAUGCUGAGGAGCGUUAUGGAGGUUUCUGGAGUGAAGAGCACUCAUACAGCAGGCGAAGCUGGGAGCGCUAUAAGCAGGACAUGACGGAGGAGUUGGAGAAUAAAAGUGAUGAAGACGAAGAACGAGAGUGUGAUUCUGACUGAGAGCCUCUGUAUGGUUAUGAGCAUGAGAGGCCAUUUUUACUGACGUGUGGAGUGAAGCUGUAUGUUCUUUUGUCACGUGAAUGUAUGUGGUAGCCCAUGUACCUAUAUUUGUGUGGGUUGCUUUGAAUUGCGCGUUCAAGAGGCGAGUGAUUUACUAUUUGCGAUAUUUUGCGGUUGUUUGAUGUGAAGAUAGUAUGGAGAGAAAAUGGUGUGAUAUUGAGUUUGUGUAAGUGUGGGGUGCUUUGUGUUGUCAGUUGUGUGUGUAGUGUUUAUACGUUCCCCAUAUCCAAGGGGUGAAAUACAAAAAUACCUGUAAAUAUGUAGAUGUGUAUAAAAAAAUAAAUGCUUCAAUUAAA